CCUAGUCUUUCCACACACACACAGAUGAAACUUCCUUUCCUCUCUCUCUUUCUCUCCCUCCCUCCCUCCUUCAACUUUCAAACUUCCCACCUCACACUUCAUUCCUUUCUUGGUUCAUGCAAGAUCCCAAGACCUCUCACCCAAGGUAGAUCAUGACAUGGUGCAUUGACAAUGGGUACAGACACAGGAAGCCCUGGUAUCAUAGAGCAAUUCAGAUGGCAACCCUAUGGAGAUCGACCAUGGCUAAGCCCGCAGAUAUCCCCUUGCCGCCUAAUGCCACCAUAUGGAAGACCAUCACCAAGUCGGCCGAAAUCCCGGUCUCGGCCCCGACCUCGCACCGGCAGAAGCUACGGAAGUGCAACUCCCUAAGGGUCGCCACCUCGUUCACCCGGGUCUGCCUCUGCGCCCCCAUCUCCUCCUACAACGAGGUGUUCAAGGCCGAGGUCCCGCCAAGGCGGAGCAACAGCUACCCGAGGUCGAAGUCGAUCGCCACCUCGCUGGAGCGGUCGUCGCUAUCCCCGACGUCGCCGCCGGUUGCGUUCGGCGCUAGGCCCAGCAUUGAGGGGAGGAGGGUGUUCCGGGGCAAGUCGUUGACCGACGACGUGCUGAUGAGGAGGUUCGUGGUGGAAGAGGAGGCGAUGAUGCAAGUCCGGAGGAGGAACCAGAUGGAGGUCAUCCGGCGGAGGAGCAUGAUGAGACGGAGGAAGGUCGGCCCGAGCCGCCUUAGUAGAAUGGUCGUGGCCGGGGCGGAGUGACCAAAUUUCCAUCUUUACCUCCUCGUUCCUAUGAUCAAUCAACAAGUAGAUAAGCUCUCUAAGAUAGCUUGAGUUGUGAUUUUCCUCCAUCUUCACAUGUGGGAUUGGUUUCUAAUUCGUCUGUGGUAAAAAUUCAUUUCAUUAAUCACAGAUCAGGAUCGACUGCUCUGGUAAUGUUUUGUGCGUUGAAGAGCUGGGUCAUUCUCUAUUGUUUGAUCUUGAGCAGAGAAUUGGUCAUCGAUGCUCAGCCGUUUGUAUCACAUUCCUUGUUAUCCAUGUACAAACAUCAUUGGAUUUUCAUAA